AUGGGCAGUACCUUAGGAAAGUGCUACAAAACACUGUGAAGUGAAUAGUUACUUUUCUAAAAAAUAUAGCGUCCGUUGACGCGGAUUUAAACAUGAUUGCAAAACUUCUACUAAUCGCCUCCUUGGCGAUCCUGGUCCAGGGUAACUCCCGGUUCAGCUGGACAGAGCCCUCAGAUCUUUGCCCAGCGGAGGGCCACCACCUCUUACAACACGAGUGGGACUGCACUAGGUUUUACUACUGCGAGUAUGGCCAGAAGUGGAUCACAGCUCGCCCUUGCUCACCUGGUACUCAGUUCUCGUAUGAACUUCAGGUGUGCAUACAUCCAGACCUAGCAAACUGCCAGUUGCCCAACCACCCACCAGAGGCUACAGAAGCUACAACUACCCCCGAACCCACAACUACCCCGGAACCCACCACCACUACCACCACUCCUGAACCCACUACCACUACGACCACUCCUGAACCUACAACCACUACCACUACCACAACAACGACGACCCCUGCACCCACUACAACUACUCCCGAACCCACUACCACUACUCCCGAACCUACAACCACUACAACCACUCCCGAACCCACUACAACGACCACUACCACCACUACAACUACAACUACUCCCGAACCUACUACUACUACCCCCGAACCCACUACUACGACCACAACCCCUGAACCCACUACCACUACCCCUGAACCCACUACUACUACAACCACCCCUGAACCUACAACCACCACAACAACUACAACAACAACAACUACUACUCCUGCACCCACUACCACUACCCCCGAACCCACUACCACUACUCCCGAACCCACUACCACUACCCCUGAACCUACAACCACUACAACUACACCUGAACCCACAACAACUACUCCCGAACCUACCACCACUACAACUACUCCUGAACCCACUACCACUACCACAACAACCACUACAACUACUCCUGCACCCACUACCACUACUCCUGAACCCACUACAUCCGGACCAGUCAACCCAGACCUCCUAGACAACGGUUGUCCAGCUGACUUCGAAGUCCACGCACUUCUGCCCCACGAAACCAAAUGUAAUAAAUUCUAUUACUGCAACUUUGGAGAAAAAGUUGUGAGGGAAUGCGCUCCUGGAACGUACUUCAAUCCUGAAAUUCAGGUAUGUGAUUGGCCGUGGAACGUGGAUUGCGUGAGCGUUGACACCGAAGAAGAGGUCGAUGACAAUGGCACUGAGACCCUUCCCAACGGCUGCCCAGCUGACUUCGAGGUGCACCAGCUGCUGCCUCACAGCAACUGCAGCAAGUUCUACUAUUGCAACUUCGGAGAAAAAGUUGUCCGGGAGUGCCCUGAUACACUGCACUUCAACCCUGUGCUCCAGGUAUGUGACUGGCCAUGGAACGCUGGUUGCGAAGGCGGCUCUGGUGGUGAUGGAGGUUCAGAUGGUGACGGAGACUCUGACGGUGACGGAGGCUCUGACGGUAACGGAGGCUCUGACGGAAACGGAGGCUCUGACGGAAACGGAGGCUCUGACGGAGAUCUCCUCCCCAACGGCUGCCCAGCUGACUUCGAUGUCCACGCACUUUUACCUCAUGAAGACUGUGGAAAGUUCUACUACUGCGUCUUUGGAGAGACCGUUGUGAGAGAAUGCCCUGCAGGAUUGCAUUUCAACCCAGCAGUACAGGUCUGUGACUGGCCAUGGAACGCCGGUUGCGAAGGCGGCUCUGGUGGUGAUGGAGGUUCAGAUGGUGACGGAGGCUCUGACGAUGACGGAGGCUCUGACGGUAACGGAGGAUCUGACGGAAACGGAGGCUCUGACGGCAACGGAGGCUCUGACGGAGAUCUCCUCCCCAACGGCUGCCCAGCUGACUUCGACGUCCACGCGCUUUUGCCUCAUGAAGACUGUGGAAAGUUCUACUACUGCGUCUUUGGAGAGACCGUUGUCAGGGAAUGCCCUGCAGGAUUGCAUUUCAACCCGACUGAACAGGUAUGUGAUUGGCCGUGGAAUGCUGGUUGCGAAGGCAGCAGUGGUGGUUCUGGAGGCGACGGAGGCUCUGACGGAGGCUCUGACAAUGACGGAGGCUCUGACAAUGACGGAGGCUCUGAUGGAGGCUCUGACAAUGACGGAGGCUCUGAUGGAGGCUCUGACAAUGACGGAGGCUCUGAUGGAGGCUCUGACAAUGACGGAGGCUCUGACGGUGACGGAGGCUCUGGCGGAGAUCUCCUCCCCAACGGAUGCCCAGCUGACUUUGACAUCCACGCACUCCUGCCUCAUGAAGACUGUGGAAAGUUCUACUACUGCGUCUUUGGAGAGACCGUCGUGAGGGAAUGCCCUGCUGGACUGCAUUUCAACCCAGCAGUACAGGUAUGUGACUGGCCAUGGAAUGCUGGUUGCGAAGGCAGCAGCGAUGGCUCUGGAGGAGAUGGCGGCUCUGACGGUGACGGAGGCUCUGACAAUGACGGAGGCUCUGACGGUGACGGAGGCUCUGACAAUGACGGAGGCUCUGACGGUGACGGAGGCUCUGACGGUGACGGAGGCUCUGAUGGAGACGGAGGCUCUGACGGUGACGGAGGCUCUGGCGGAGAUCUCCUCCCCAACGGCUGCCCAGCUGAUUUCGACGUCCACGCGCUCCUGCCUCAUGAAGACUGUGGAAAGUUCUACUACUGCGUCUUUGGAGAGAAAGUUGUGACCGAUUGCCCGGCUGGUCUACAUUUCAACCCAGUGAAACAGGUAUGUGACUGGCCAUGGAAAGCUGGUUGCGAAGGCAGCAGCGGUGGAGACGAUGGCUCUGAUGGAGGAUCUGGCGGUGAUGGAGGUUCUGACGGUGACGGAGGUGAUGACGGAGGCUCUGACGGUGACGGAGGUUCUGACGGAGAUGGCGGAGCGAACAACGACGACAGAUGCCAAGAGUGCAACGUCCUCCCCUGGGCUCACGACACAGACUGUGACAAAUUCUGGCGCUGCGAAGGAGAAAAAGCAAUCCUAGUGACUUGCUCUGAAGGUCUAAAUUUCAACGCCAAGACUGCGCUCUGCGACUUCAUAAGCAACGCCAAUUGUGAGGGAGACGACGUUGAGUCGACAGUUAGUGCCAAUGGAUUGAAAGUCUUCCUGCCUAGGGAUAAGAUCGACGAUCGAUUGGUCAGCAUGAUCAUGAAGGGUAGAAAUUGAGAAAAAUAGUAGUUACUUGUAAAUAAAUUUAUUAAUAUGUAUAGCAAUCAAAUCAGUGUUCAUAAAUUAUGUAACCAGUGUAAGAUAAAAAUCAAAAUAAAGUUUUGGGGUAUUUGACACCAUUCACCAAUCAAAUUAUUAUAAAUCAUAUAAAUUAAUAACGAUUUUUUUUGUUGCUUUUUAAUUGAUAAAAAGGUACUCAAUUGACUAAAUAGUGACGUCAUUAGCUUGUAUUGGCCUACAAAAUCUAUGGGACUGGUUUUGACAGUUCAAAAAAAGUACGCCAGUUGAUUGGUGGUGUGAAAUACCCUUUUUUGACAUUAUUUUCAUAGAAGGUCUAAAGACCGUGUCUAAAGCAUGUAUUAUUUGUAAUUAUUUAUGUACUCAUAUGUCAAAACAUUGUUCUAUUUGAAUUUCCAACUUUCGUCAAGAAAGUAUGGAAUCUUUCAAGAAAACAAUGUAGGGUGAAAGUACCACUAGUCGACCACUCAACAUAUGACCAUCAUUUAAAAAAAAACUAAUAAUAAAAUGUUAUUGUCUGAUACCAUAACUAGUAAUGUAGUUUGUAGUGUAGUAAUAAAUGUAUAGUAGACUGUGGAA